UGAAGUUGGUAGUGACGUGCGGCUAGUGAAGUUUCCGUUAAUGGAGGUUGUAUUGCUUCAAAUACAAAUAAGAUGCCUUUUAUGAAGGGUAAAGCUCCUGUUCGGAGAACAUUAAAGUAUCUUGAAGCUGGAAGCCUUGUUUUAAAGGAAAGAAUUAAAAUAUUCUGUGUUAAUUAUAAUCACCACGGUAAUCAUCAUAAAGGAGCAAGGGAUUUUGUGUUUUGGUAUUUACCUCAGAUCCAGUACAAGAAUCCCAAUGUGCAGGUGAUGACCCUUACUAACAUGACACCAUCUCCAUUCAUAACAUGCUUUUUUGAUACUGGGGAACGAAUGCAUAUUGACAUUGACAGCAAAACAAAGGAAGAAGUACAGACACACCUGAAGAAAGUUAUUUGCAAACCUGGACAUAUCUUGGCUGCUGAACUGAAGGCUGUACAGAAGAAGAACAACCCGGCCAACUUUGGGUUUGGCUGUGAUCGUCAGUGCAUCUGUGAAGUGUUUGGGCAGGUUCCUUGUCCAGGACUAGUACCUUUACCAAAAGAGAUGAGGGGAAAAUAUAAAUACGCAAAAGACUAAAUAAUAUUAAUUUGCAGCAUUCUUUUGCACUUCAUAGAUCUGACUUUGCAUUCUGCUUUUUUGCUGUCUGUGUGCAACAAGAGAAUAUUAACUGACAUUGCACAUAGAGUGCAAAAAAGCAGAUUGUAAAUUCGGACUAAGUGAUGUUCAUAUGUAGUUUGUGUAUAGAAGUUGAAUGCUUCUCAUGUAUAGCACACCACUUUAUAUUAUAUUGUCUGUCUGCAUA